CUGAUUUUUUUUAAUCUCCAUUUUAGACACUACUGACGCAUCCGUAGCCUGCAUGACUGGGACACAGUGCCGGGGUUUGGUCAGUUCCUGAUGGCCUGAUGGUCCAUCAAUACCAGUUUUCCCAUUACUGAAUCUCUGUGUGACCUGGGAGAUGGAGAGGCAGGGCCCGGGAGAGAAGCAAGCAGACACUAAUAGGACUGUAGUCACCACCACCCCCACCACAUCAGCUGCCAUCACCAUGGCAACAGUCAGCUCCGGCAGCACCACGUGCGGCCAGGCGCCCUCCACUUCCCUCAGCAUCAUCUCACCCGACAGACAGGCAGUCCAGGUGCUCCAGCACGCCAUCCACAGACCUCAGAGCAUGGCGGCCCAGUACCUGCAUCAGAUGUACGCUGCCCAGCAGCAGCACCUCAUGCUGCAGACAGCCGCCCUGCACCAGCACCAGCACACCCCCCACCUGCAGAGUCUGGCCACCAUACAGCAGGCAUCAGUCUGUCAGAGGCAGUCACCUUCUUCAUCCAGUGGCAGUUUGGCUCAUCAGCCUGCUGGUGUUUCCCAAAACUCUAUUACUUUACCAGCAUCUCCAGUGACAGCCCAGCUGAUGGGCCGAACCCAAACAUCCACUGGUGCCGCAACCACCAUAUCCCAGCAGGCCAUGCUCCUGGGAAGCAGACCGGCCAACUGUAACCAAGCCCAGAUGUACCUUCGCACUCAGAUGCUCAUUCUAACCCCUGCAGCCACGGUGGCUGCAGUUCAGUCAGACUUCCCUGCUGUCACCUCCUGCUCCUCUUUACCUACCUCCUCUCAGGUGCAGAACCUCGCUCUGCGUGCUCACUUGCCUGGAGCUCUGGCCACAGCCCACAGUGUGAUUCUAAAACCAUCCGCCCAGUCACAAGCCAUGACUCCAGCCGCCUCUUUAUCCAAGACGUCAAUCAGCGGGCUGAAAACCAACCAGCUGACAGACACCUCAACAGAAACAGGACUGGCUGACGUCACCUGCCUGGCGUCAGGAGCCCAGAUCAUAACCCCAGCCUACUCUCCAGUGCAGACCCACGCUCUGUCCAAGCAGCAGCUGUCCUGUCCACCGAGCCAGCGGGUGGCGCACCACCAGCUCAUCCUCCAGCAGGCUACAGGUGGAGCUCCAAACCACAGGCAGCUGCAGCCUAUCGCCCUCAGAGUAGCACCUCAAGAAACCAACUCCCAACCUCUCCCUCUUUCAGUGAAAAGACUGACCAGCACCCAGUCACACACCAACAACGACCCCCAAACUCCUUCUUCUUCUUCUUCUUCUUCUUCUUCUCCCUCUCCUUCAACCGUCACCAGUGUGUUUGCAUCCUCAGCUCAGACCUCAAUCCCAGCUGCUACCCUUCAGCCUCAGCCUCCUCCUCUGGUGGCCGCUCCGCAGCGUCGGACCUCAUUCCCACAGGUACAGAACCAGCCUCCACCUCCACCUCCGCCUCUGGUUCUCCCCAGGCUGCCCCAGAACCCCCCGGCCUCCCUCCAGAGACUGUCCCUGCACUCGGUCCAGGCUCUGGCCGUCCAGUCGGGGCAGGUGCUUUUGACAGAGCAGGAGCUGCCUGUAGCGGAGGCUCUGGUCCAGAUGCCCUACCAGAACCUCCCACCUCCACAGACGGUGGCUGUUAAUCUGAAAGUGCAUCGAGUGAGACACAAUGAAACUCCAAUGUCGGGGCAAACGUGCAAAGUGAAUGGACUGAGCUCAGAGGAGAGGAAAGAUGAAUGUUCUCCCAGUCCUCAGCGAGACAGGAUCCUGGCCCCUCUCACUGGGCCUCCUAAGCAAAAUGGUGCAGCAGUGAUGGGUUCAUCCGCCAUCAUAUCCAGUCGCUCAGUGAUCAGGUCACCAGUGGUGGAAGAGCCCUCCCAGCUCACCAGCAACAGCAGCAACCCUCCUCCUCCAUCUCCUCCUCUACCUCCUCCCGUCCUGCCAGCAGCAGUACGAGGCCCCAGCCAGCCUCCCCCCUCGCCAGCAAGCAUCCCAGGGAGCCCCGACAGGAUACUCACAACCCACGUCCUUACGCACCUCAUAGAGGGCUUCGUUAUCCGAGAGGGCCUGGAGCCAUUCCCGGUGGUGUCGUCCUCACUGUUAGCAGACCAGCAGGCUUCACUUCCUGAAUCCCAGGAGAUCCAAACCAACGGGGAUGCAGUGGCAGAGGACAGUCCGCUGGAUGCUGACCAGUCGGAUUCAACGGACUCUGAGAUGGAAGACGAUGGCCCUGCAGCAGAUGUUGCAGAGCUGGCGGAGAAUGUGGCAGGUGUGCUGCAGUGCGAGUUCUGUGGGAGCAGAGGUUAUGCUCACACAUUCCUGCGCUCCAAACGCUUCUGCUCCAUGACGUGUGUCCGAAGAUUCAGUGUGAGCUGCACCAAGCGUAUCACUGUGCUGAGAGCGGAUCGCUGGGGUCACAGGCCGAUGGGCAGGAGGGGACGACCCCCCAGCAGCAGAGUCAACGGAGCCUCCAGAGAACAUUUUCUGAGACAGGCUCGUCGGUCGUUUGGCUCGGAGGAGACCCGGCAAAGAUCGCUGAGAGAGGACGAAGAGCAGGAGGAAGAAGAGGAAGAUGAGCCUCCCGUUCCCAUGACAACCAGGCUCCGGAAGCAAGCCGAGAGGGAGCGGGAGAGGGAGAGAGACCAGGAGCGAGAGCAGGAGAGGGAGCAGGAGCAGAGGAUGACAGAAACAAUCAGUGUUUCUGACGGGGAAGAAGAAGAAGACGCGGGCUGUCCGUCUCAGUGGAACGUACAACAAGUGUUUUCUUUUAUCAACUCCCUGCCAGGUGGUCAGGACGUAGCUGAGGAGUUUCGCUCGCAGGAAAUAGACGGACAGGCUCUGCUGCUUCUCACAGAGGAGCAUCUGGUCAGCACCAUGAACCUUAAACUGGGACCUGCACUCAAACUGUGCGCCCACAUUAACGCUCUGAAAGAUGCAUAAACAUUCCUACUCUCCAUGGAUGGAUUUGUGUUUAUCUGGACCAGGAUGGAGAUAAACAGGAGAGUUUUUAACUUUCCACCUCUGCAGAGACAACGAGGAAGCAUCUUUACGUUGUCUGGCUUGCUGUUAGACAAACACAAAGACAGUUAUGACAGUUUCUCCUGAGAUCACUGCCAAGGAUUUCACUCCUGAGUGAAGUCCACACACUGUAACAGCUGAUUUUAACACAAAGAUGAGCAGUUCUUUGAAUCCUCUCUUCAUUUAAUUGUAGUGAUUGUAGCAGUUUGACUUAGGUUAUCCAUUUGUUUCAAAAUGGUCCAAAAAUAUUAAGUUCUUUAUAUCAUUUAUAAACACAGAAAACAACUUUACAUUAGGGACUGUUCGUUAUUUAUGAGAGCGGAGAGGGUGGCGCAAGAUGAGGGAACAAUUGAAAUAAUUCUUUAAGCAUUGGGGAGGGAGUUAUGCUUUUUUUUUUUUUUUGGACAUCCUACUUAAUGGUUAUGUUUUUUUAAUACCUUCAGAACCCUAAAACUUAUAAGUGGGUUUUAGAGGCGUUUCCUUAAAAAUCUUACACCAUUUAUCAGCCAGGAACUGUGGUAUACCAUAUAAAUAUGGUUAUUUAUGGUGAAGAAAGGGUCAUGCAUUUUCCCCCAGUCACUCAGGGAGGCUGAAGGAACAAUAUGUGUAGCUCUGGGGAGGGUCAUGAUAUAUUAAAAGAUGACUCUGACUUUACUCUGAUUAAUAAAGUACAGUCCCUUAUUACACAUUUAGUUAAAGAAUGCUAUACAAUCUCAUAGUUUACAGAACAGAUUUACUAUCUUACAGAGGACAUUUGAUACACUUAUCAUCAGCAGACUAAUGAUUUAUGGAAUCAGACUGAUGACAAGGUUAUUUAUGAUUUAUUUAUUAUUGCCAUCAUUAAUAUACAAAUAAAACCAUUUAAGUAUUGUG